ACCCCCUACUUUUGAUUAAAGAAGACAACACUCUCUCCCUCAUCCUCCCUCUCUCUCUCUUGAAAAGCUAAGAAAAAGGAACAAAACAGAGCCGCUCUUUAGUCUCUACUCAUCUCGCUCACAUGGCUCGUCCUUUCAGCUUCCUAAACGCCGUCGCGAACUCUUCGGCGACCACCACUGGGUCGCCUCCACAAGCGUCAGCCACGGUGGACUCAGACUUCAUGGUCAUACUAGCAGCACUCCUCUGCGCUCUAAUUUGCGUUCUUGGCCUCAUCGCUGUAGCUCGCUGCGCUUGGCUCCGCCGCUUCUCAUCCCGGAAUCCCACACCACCAGUCCCCCCUCCUCCCCCUGCAGUCGCCAAUAAAGGGUUAAAAAAGAAAGUCCUCCGCUCUCUCCCUAAACAAACCUUCUCUGAAGAUUUCUCAGGGAAACUCCCCGAUUGUGCAAUUUGCUUGACGGAAUUCUCCGCUGGAGAUGAAAUCCGUGUGUUGCCUCAGUGUGGACAUGGGUUUCAUGUGAGCUGUAUUGACACAUGGCUUGGGUCUCACUCUUCUUGCCCUUCUUGCCGUCAGAUUUUGGUGGUUACCCGGUGUCAGAAGUGUGGUGGUUUGCCUUCAGGUUCGAGUUCUUCUAAUGGUGGUGGUGGUGGUGGUGGUGGAGUUGAAACUGAGGCUAGCCUAAAGGAGCGUGAAGAUGAUGCUAAUAGGUUCUUGCCCUAGCUUAAUUAAAGCUUAUUUGUAUAUGUCUUUAUAUAUAUAUAUAUAUAUAUUUAUAU